AUGGACGGAGGUCAGGAGAUCCGAUUUACGGGAAAAGCGCGGCUGCAUGCGCGCGCUGAGUGUCCAUCAUUCGCAUCGACUACUAAAAUGCUAGGACAAGCUGAGUCAUCUGUUUGGAAAGUGAUCAGUUGUAAUCAGAAAAAUGUCUGUACACUGGAAAUCACCGACACCACGGGAAGUCAUCAAUUUCCGGCUAUGCAGCGAUUGUCAAUCUCCAAAGGACACGCGUUCAUUCUUAUUUACUCCGUCACCAGGUUCGACGCGAAAAUUAUAUAA